ACUUGCCAGACUGGACCAGAAUGUGCAUUGUGCUGAGCUAGUCAACGGUCGCUGCGGAAUCUUGUUUGAUCCAUUUAUUUGUGUAUAUACCCGUGUGUCUUUAGGCUCUGUCUUAUUACAUCAGCUUACAUAUACGCACCCCAGGAUGAGUGUGCUUGCCUGCGGCCUCAACACGUCAGGACAGGUGAUGAAGGCCGGGCCAGGCAUCCUCUGCUGCCCGUCGCCUGUUGCCUUCCCCUCAGCUGUCACCACAGCCAGUGUUGCCUUCAGUCAUAUACUCUGGAGGACAGAUGCAGGAUGGCAGUGGACAGGGUAUGAUAGUGGAGGCUCUCAAGGUUCUCAGGCAAGAGGGGUGAUAAAGUCAAGUUGGAAGGUGUGUGUUUGUGAAAAUCGUAUUGCUGCGAUAAAUGAUGAUGGGUCUGUGUUGGUGUGGGAGAAGCAAUGGAAAACUUUACACUUCCAGAAGAGAAACCCAGACAGUGAAACACUUGGCAAAAAUUUAUCACAGGAUAUUGACAGUACAAAUUAUAAAGGAAAGGAAAGUACAAAUAUAGAUACCAGUAUGAAAUUUCACUUAGAACAAAGAGAAUAUGAAAGCACAAAAAGGAAAGAUUUAGAAAAUACUUCUCAUGACACAGUGCCUUAUAAUCAUAUUACUGAAACACAGACUAUGAAUAAAAGGUGUAAACUUGAGACUUUUACAAAGAAAGAUGAGUGGCAGGUUUCUAAUCUUUCAUGUCCGGCAACGACAAAGAUUACUUUUGCUAAGGUUGCUGUUGAAGAUAACUCACUGCUGGCAGUAGAUACAGCUGGAGUGAUGUACUGUGGCAGUGUUCCUGUGCCUUUGAGGAUGAAGAUGAAGGAAGUGGCUGUGGGGAAGGAGCAUUGCAUGGCCCUCACCGCAGCUGGGGAUGUCAUAACCUGGGGGAGUGGAAUGUUUAUUUCUAGGCGGGGGCAGCUUGGUAUUGGUGAAUUGUGUCAGGCAGAAAGGCCAAUACCUGUGGAGAGUCUGCAGGGGGUUCCUAUCACCACUAUUGCCUGUGGAGCCUGGCACUGUACAGCUCUGAGUGAGACAGGGGACCUUUAUGUAUGGGGCUGGAAUGAGAGUGGACAGCUGGGGUAUCCUUAUAACUGUGAGGGCAGCCAGUCUCUCUUCCUCUUCUUUGAGCAUGCCUGUCAGUGUCCAGAGAGGAACCACCUGGAAGGAGAACAAUUGCAGGAAGAAAACAAGGACACUGAGGAGAGUCAAGGAGUGCAGGCUGAAGUAAGGAGUAAAGGAAUGCAGGACAAGAGAGUAAAUCCUAAAAGAAGGAAAGAAGUCAUCAAUGUUCAAGCAUCUCCCGUGUUGCUGGACUUUUGGACUGAGGAUGUGAACAUAACAAACGUUCAGUGUGGGGACCGACACACCCUGUACAUGCUGGAUGACGGCAGUGUUUGGUCAGCAGGAAUGAACAGGUAUGGGCAGCUUGGCCUGGGUCAUGUGCGUGCUGUGAAGGAGCCGUGCAGAGUGUUCAGGCGCGGCAUCAGUGAUAUGUGUGCUGGGGGCUGGAACUCCAUUUUCUUCACCACCAGUGAGCUGCCAGCCUCCUAGCAGGGUGUUGGGUCAAGAGCACAGGCAGAUGCACUUUAACUGAGUGUUUUUUUUGCCUUCACAGAUUGCAUUAUAUUGCUUUACUUUUGUCAUUUCUAAAACACCCAGAAAUAAAGUUUAUUGAGAUUUGUA